AUGGAUCGUCGUGCGCCUGAGGACGCGGCUGAUACCGCUGACCUGCGCUUGGCCGACAUCAGCGACCAGGCAUUCAAGAUGAGCGUCAAGUUCGCCACCGCCGAUACCACCCAGCAGUCGACGUCCGGCGAGGCAGGGUGUCGGAUGUCGCUCCCCAAGGUGCAGUCGCCCAGGAACAGCCACCAGCUCGCAACUGAUGACCAGACGGGGGAGCCUGAAGUGGAGUACCUCUGGCUGCCGUCGAUGAAGGUCACGGGAACAAACUACCGGAAGCGCAUAGACAAGUAUCGUCAGAUGGAAUUCACGCCCAACUUGAACGUCUACCGCGUAUACACUCCCCGUGGUGGCAUAUUGGUGUUCACCCUCUUCGGUGCUGUGCUGCUGUUGCUGGGACUGGCGUUGAUAUUCUCCUCCCGGAGGUCGUACACCGCCGAAAUAGAGUACACUGAUUACACCCAACCCAUGGUGUUACAAGUACGGGAUGACCUGGAAGGGCCUGUCUACAUAUACUACAAGAUCACCGAUUUCUACGUCACGCACAAAAAGGUGGCCUAUGAGUCCAGCCCUUCGAAGAUCUUCCAUAACCAUUGCAAAACUUUCCGCACUUUCCAGCAGAUUCUCAAUCUGAGGUGCAUCGAAGGCAAGAACACGCUCAAUGGUAUGGACGAGUGGUGCAAAAACCAGGAUCACGACAUAUUCAAGCGCCCUGCUUAUCCGUGUGGACCUAUAUCGGCUACCAUAAUGACGGACAACUUCGAGCUGUGCAGCAGCAGCGAGCCCCUUAAGAUCGGAGACGACAAUCUAGUCACUAAGAGGGAGGACUGCCUCCCGCUCUCAAUGGAUAUCCCAGAGUACGAUUAUGGCUUUUUCCACAACAGAGUGGAACCGGCCGAUAGGGACUCGGGGUUCCUGUGGUUCGACCCGAGCAACCAGCUGUUCAGGACCUGGAUCCAGCUGCCUUACGACUCAACGUUUGUCAAGCAUUAUGCCACCCUCAAGAACGGGUUAAAGGCCGGUACCUACUACCUCCACGUGACUAACAAUCUCUGGCCCGCCAAGCAGUGGCGUGCGCGGAAGUACUUUUACAUCGCCAAGCCCGGAUUCCUCGGCACGUCAGCGCUGGUUCUGGAGUUCAUGGUCUUGGGCACGGCGAUUCUGUACCUGCUGACCGCCGCGAUUAUCUUUAUACUGCACAAGCGUAGCUACAACUGCGGCAUCUCGCCGUGGCGCGGUCUCGACGUCUACGACGCCAAGGUCGGAGAGGGAGUGAAAGUGCCAGCAGUGGCCUAUAAGAGUGACGAUAUAACCCCAGUGGAGGAUGUGCCUGCUUCCAGUGUACCUUGUCUGUGUCCCUGCCACUAG